UCCUACGGAAGUUCCUCCAAGAAUUCCUACGGAAGUUCCUCCAGGAAUACCUACGGAAGUUCCUCCAGGAAUUCUUACGGAAUUUCCUCCAGAAAUUCCUACGGAAGUUCCUCCAGGAAUUCCUACGGAGGUUCCUCCAGGAAUUCCUACGGAAGUUCCUCCAGGAAUUCCUACGGAAGUUCCUCCAGGAAUUCCUACGGAAGUUCCUCCAGGAAUUCCUACGGAAGUUCCUCCAGGAAUUCUUACGGAAGUUCCUCCAGGGAUUCCUACGGAAGUUCCUCCAGGAUUUCCUACGGAAGUUCCUCCAGGAAUUCCUACGGAAGUUCCUCCAGGAAUUCCUACGGAAGUUCCUCCAGGAAUACCUACGGAAGUUCCUCCAGGAAUUCUUACGGAAGUUCCUCCAGGACUUCCUCCGAAAGUUUCUCCAGGAGUUCCCCCGGAAGUUCCUCCAGGAAUUCCUCCGGAAGUUUUUCCAGGAAUUCCUCCGGAAAUUCCUCCAGGAAUUCUUUCCUAAGUUCCUCC